CUCUGCUGCGCGCCUCUGCCCCGUCCCGGUGCCGAGCACGCCCCGUCCGCGCGCGGUCGCGAUGCGGGCGGCCUCCCCGCCGGCCCUGCUGCUGUGGCCGCUGGGCUGCGUGCUGUGGCUGGGCCCGCCGCUGCGCCCGCCGGGCACGGCGGAGGCGGUGUGGAGCGCCUGGCUCAACGUCUCGUGGAGCGCGCCCACCGGCGCCGGCGACUGGGAGGCCGGCGAGGGCGGCCUCUUCGGGCAGGACUCGCCGCUGCGCCGCGCGGCCGGCGUGCUGGUGCCGGCCGACGGGCUGAACGCCUGCGGGCCGUGGGACAACUUCAGCGCGGCGCCCGCCGCCCCCGCGCCCUGGCUCGCCCUCAUCCAGCGCGGCGGCGGCUGCACCUUCAGCGAGAAGAUCGGCGCGGCCGCCCGCCGCGGCGCCGCCGCCGCCGUCAUCUACAACUACGCCGGCGGGUCGGGCACGGAGGUGCAGACCAUGACUCACCCCGGUACAGGAGAAAUGGUCGCCAUCAUGAUUAGCUAUUUGAAAGGCAAAGAAAUCCUUCGUAGGAUCGAAAGUGGCUACGAAGUGACUAUGAUUAUUGAGGUGGGGAAAAAGCAGGGCUCGUGGAUGAACAGCUAUUCCAUCUUCUUUGUUUCGGUGUCCUUCUUCAUUGUGACGGCAGCCACUGUGGGAUACUUCAUAUUUUAUUCUGCCCGAAGGCUUCGGCUCGCAAGGGCUCAGAACAGGAGGCAGAAACGCCUGAAAGCGGAUGCCAAAAAAGCAAUCCAACAGCUUCAGCUGCGCACACUGAAACAGGGAGACAAGGAAACCGGUCCUGAUGCAGAUAACUGUGCUGUGUGCAUUGAAGUAUACAAGCCAAAUGACGUUGUACGAAUUUUAAUAUGCAACCAUGUCUUUCACAAAAACUGUAUCGAUCCAUGGCUGCUGGAGCAUCGGACGUGCCCCAUGUGCAAAUGUGACAUACUCAAGGCCCUGGGCAUUGAGGUGGAUGUGGAAGACCAAGAAGAGUCUUUCCAACCCUCAGUGUCCAAUGGACCCUCUAACAUCCCUUCAGUUAAUGAAGAGGACAGUCACAGUGAGACGGCAUCCUCCGGCUAUGCUUCUGUGCAGGGAACGGACGAGCCACCUGCUGAGGAUCCUGCGCCUUCAGAGAGCGACAAUCUCCGCCUUGUGAACAACACAGCCCAACCUCCACCUGUAGAUGUCCUUCCGCAUCUCGACAAUCCAGGUUUUGAGGCAGAUGAAGUACAAGAACAUGACGCAAAGUCCUAAAGGGCUGUUGUAAACCUGCUAUCUACUUGGCAUACCAGCAUCCAACAUUGACAAAACUGAGACUGACGUAGCAGCAGCGUUGCCUUGCUACUGAGAUGAAAUACACAAUUUAAGAUUGCAAUCAUAUGGAGUGACCUACCUGUUUACUUGUCUCCUUGUGGAUUAGUUUUAGUACUCCUGAGUACAGACCUUUCUUUCGAUGUGACUGGAGAGGACCAAGGUCUUAGCACAAAUUCAAUUGAGCACAACCACGUUUCAUGAAGUAGAAGUUUGUUUGUUCAGCCUACAGUAACAUAAAUCGUGCAUUUUAAAGGGAGAACUCUACAUUUUUUUUGAGGGAAAAAAAAGCUCUUAAUUGAGCUAGCUUUUUGAGCUUUUGAUUUAUGUAACCACAAGGGUGUGUUACUUUUCAGGACUGGUCUGGAUUAAUAUGUGUUUAAAUAACCUGCAGAGUGGCCUUAUAUUCAGUCCUUAAACUCUGGGGUUAACCACUUGCUGCAUUAAAUAAACUAUUUGACCAAUCAAAGCAAACCAUCUGUCAAGCAUACGCAUAUAAAACAUUGGAAAUCCAGUGCACCUUCUUCACUGGAUUUGACCAAGUUAACCUUUGUGAAAGAAACACACAUUCCAGAAGUACUCAAGAUAUUUGAAUACAAGAUGAACCGUUUUGCAUUUGCACAUUUUACUGGAAAGGUAGCUGCAUAAAAUUACAUACUUUGCCCAUGUUUACUGUGAACUACUUUAAGUCUUAAGUGUUGCAAAUGUCAUGGCUUAAAAAUCUGCCCAGUUUUUAGAGAAUGCUGCUCUCAGCUUUGCCAGAUGCAGAAGAUCUGUCAGUGAGAGAAAGCUUCUUGCUGCUGCUUUGAGAGAACAGUUGAAAAAAGAUACCCAAAGAAAAAUGUGUCCAUCGGAGUUGGUAGUGUGAGAACAUGGCCGAAAGGCAAGUAAGGAAUGGGUGAACUUCAUAAUUUUAUUUUUCUAAUAUAUGCGAUGGGAGCAUUAACGGGGAGCAUAGGUUGCCUUAGCAUGGAGUCUGGAACCGCGUCCACCAAAGUGAACUACUAUAAUAAUGCACUUUAUUUUUAUUUUGUAUCUUCUCUGGUUCUCUUUCUAACUGCAAGCCUAGCAUAAGUAUGUACCAGAGAACAGUGAGUAUCUGUUUUUAACAUUCCACUUGAUUGUAACGGGAGAAAACAGUACGCCGUUUCCCUCAUUUUUGCAUAGUGUUUGAUAAAGUUGUAAAUAUUUGAUUUCUAUUAAAUUCCAUUGAAUAUAAAAUGUAAAUAAAGCUAUUCUAAUACCU